CCUCUCGUCCUCCUCCUCGUCCGUCCCCCACCUUCGUUUUCACCUCCUCGCUCGUUUCUCUAACCGUCCGUUCCUUGUUCGCACCGACCGUACCCGUCCUGUCCUUUCCUUGGAGCGAGCGUGUGCCGCGGCCGGCGUAAUUGGAGCGCGGGCCGGAACCUCAGCCGGCUCUUUUGGCACCACGCCCAUUCAUCCCGCAUUCGAGGGUUCGCCAGGCCUCGCGGCCCUCCAUAUUGCAGUUUCCCGGAUAAAAGACAAACAAAACGCACAUUUACUCGCAAUCGCCCCUCACUUAUCGAUUUCGAGGUCCGACCGAGUCAGAUCCCCAAGAACAGAAAGAAAACCCUCGCCCGGUCUUCUGGCAGACCUGAGCGCACCACGCCUACCCUGGCCGUGACGCUAUCGCUUCCUACGCCAGCCCGGUUCGUGCACCGCGUGCUCGGUCGCAACCUUCGGGCCCGCGUUUAAUAAUCCCACCGCCGGCCUUUACCACCCCUCCGACGCUCCUUCCCAAGUCGCCGCCCGCUUGCUCGCCGUGGCUAUACCAUCCUCUCUCCCUCCCCUGGCUUCGGCCCCGUUCGGCGGCCUCGAUUGGCACGGCGAUCUCCUGAACACCAGCGGCACCGUCAAGGCAGCCGCCGUCCACGCCUUCGCGCUGGAUAACUGGAAGCUCGCCAUGAGCGGCUCGUCCGAGUAUCACCAGCAGCAGCAUCCGUCCCAGCAGCAGCAGCAGCUCGGACGCCCCCGAUCUACCACCACCACAUCGGCCUCCUUCUCUUCACCGUCUACUACCUUCCGAUCGUCCGUCUCGCCCUUCGAGUUCGAAGGUCACUACGGAUCGUCCGCUGCUCAAGGAUAUGUCCAGCAAGCCGCAGACCAGAGCAGUAGUCUGCUCGGCUCCGUCUCCGGGAUGGUCGGGCCUGCCCAUGGGUACCCGCAGCCGCCGCAGUACGCCCCCGUCGGCGGAGACCAAUACGUCUUCUCCAACGUCCCCUCCGUAUCGAGCGUCCAAGUAUCCGCGCAACAGAUGCUCGAGCCUCUCGAGAUCGCAUCCUCCCGCCAAUCCUUCCCGAACGCGCACCCUCAUUCUAUUUCGCACCACCACCCACACCCCGCCCAGGGCCAUCAAGACCCCUCCCGGAAGCCGAUGGGCCUCGACUGGCUCUCGCCCCGCACCGCCUCCUCGCUAUCUUCGCCAUUGUCCUACUCCCCGUCGUCCUCGCGCCCGGUGACCGCGAACGAUGCGACGGGCAACAUCUCGCCGACGACCGGAUCUCCCGUAUCGCCCCAUUCGACGAGGCCCCGCUCCGACACGGUAUCGAGCACGACGACGACGACGACGGCCGCCAACGCCGCGCCGGCUGAUACUACCGCGGCUGGCUUAUCUGGGGGCAAACUUCGGCGGGAGGCCAGCACGACUGUCAUCGCUUGUCGACAAUGCCGCGCACGCAAGAUACGGUGCGACUCGACCCGACCCGUUUGCAACAAUUGCGUCAGGCGAUGCAACGAGUGCCAGUACGACGCCGUGCCCAAGCGCAGGGGGCCUGACAAAGUCCCGGGCACGCGCCGUCGGAGGCCUAAGAAGCGCGACAAGGGCGACAAGGACCAGCCCGCCGGCAGUGCCGGCGACAAAUCAGGGGACGAGGACUCGCCGGAUGUCGACAGCGGCGUGGAGCCGCCGCGCAAGAAGAAGAGACGCACGAGCGGCAGCAGCGGGAGCGCCGAGGGCGAUCACACAGGAGCGAAAGCGGAACCCGAAGGCUUGAAGGAGAACGUCACCGGCCGACCUCGAAGCGCGACGACGUCUGCGGUGACCGGCACUCGACCUGCCCGCCGUCCUCCGACCAGGCCGACGAUCAACACCACCUUGGCCCGCGCCGCCGGCACGGUCGGGCCUCCGCCCAGCCUGUCCCUCGACCGCUCCCCGCGAACGGCCGGCAUCCUGCCUCAGAGCGCGACGCCCCAAGGCGUGAGCCCCAUGAGCGCCCCUGCGCUCAUCAACCGCAACCUCGCGACGCCCGGGAUGCGCCGCGCGUCCGCGCCGACGCAGUUCCCGUACUUCCCCGGCAGCCCGGUGCAGCACCACCCGCUCGGAGGCGCGCCGAACCCGCACGCGACGGUGAACAUUAGCAAGAGCAGCUUCGCGCGGCCGGUGGACGUCAACGUAUUCCAGCCGCCGCAGGAGAUCAGCGUGUCGGACAAGCCUUGGCAAACCCAGGGCCCCUACCGCACCUCCAAUUCUGCGUCUCCGCCUUCCCAAUAUGGAACGAUCGACCCGCACUACUCUAUUCAGGGCCGCGCCGACUGGUGGGAUGACCUCGUUGCGCAGUACACACCCCACCCGGAACAAUCCUUGAAAGCCAUCACCAACGACCUGUCCUUCUUCUUCGGCUCCACGUCCUACUUUAUGUGCUUUAUCAAUCAGGACCUAUUCCUCCGGUCCCUGGCCUCCGCCGAAUCUCGCCAGAACGUGCAGCCGGCACUAAUCUACGCCGGCCUCGCGUUGGCGACACUAAUCAAGUCGAGCGAGCUCGAGCUCGGGAGCGCGGGCAGGAAUCGCGCCAUGUGGCUGCGCGACGUGGCCCAAGUUGAGCUGGAGAAGAGCUGGACGGCGUCGUGGGUCGACCGAGGACUGGCUCAGGCCGCCAUGAUCCUCGCCGUGUUCGAAGCCUCCGCCCACAGCCACUUCAGCCUCGAGCGGGAAUGGAACUCGCUGACCCUCGUCGACGAGAUCAUCCGUACCCUGAACCUCACCUUCAUCGACAACGGUAACCCGCAAGUGUCGGCGUUCGCUCCGCACUCGGUCCCCGUAGUCGUAACCCAAUUGCCUCCGCUCUCUUCGCCUCCCCUUGGCUACUCCGAAAGGCAGGGCGAUCCGUCGAACCCUUCGCCUUACACCCAUACGCCGACGCAGCAAAACCCGGGAUACGACUUUGGCCUUCCCUCCCAGCCGCGUCCUCCGUCGCAGCCGACCACGCCUCUGUCGGUGUCUCCUCAGACGUCCGGCUUCGAGUCGAGCGGCGAGAUGCCUCCGCUCACCCCGAAUAGUCCGCUCACCUGCAACUGCAAGAGCGUGCCGCCCGAGUUGGCGAGCGCCUGGGCGUGGUCGCCACCGCCGUGGCCCGCGCACUGGACGGACGACGAGAUCCGUCGCGAGGAGGAACGUCGUCUCGUCUGGACCGCGCUCGCGCUCGUGUCCAACUACGCGUCGCAGAGCGUCGUAUUCGGCGGGAGCCAGCGAGUGGCCAAACUGUUCUUGGCCGAGCCCAGCAACUAUCGGAUCCUGUUCCCCGGCGAGUACGCCGAGCUGCACGCUCGCUCACCGCGCUCGCCCGCCGCCCGCCUCUCCCCGAAAGACGGCAUGUGGGCCCUCCUCUGCCGAUCGAUGCUCCUCUGGAACAGCUGCUUCCUGAACCUGAGCGAGAAUCUGGCGCAGCUUCCGGGCACGGAGGACCCCGCCGAGUUUGCCAUCGAAGCCUGGCAGGAGUGCCAGGCGAUAGAGGACACCCUCCGCGCGCAUACGUGCAACGUGAACACCGCGCUCGACUUCGUCUCCCGCGAGUUCCUCCACAAUGCCCGCCUGCUCCUCACGAGGACGCUGCGCCGGUCCCAAAGCCACAGGGCCGAUGGUGGUCCAAAGAUAGUGCUGCCUCGUCGCCAAGCAGAGCAAUGGAUUGCCCAUAACGAGCAAACCGUGAAACGCGUCAAGGCGACGGCGCACCAUCUCGGAGAACCGGAGGGCUAUCUCUUGACCAGGCAGCCGUGGCAGCUUACUUGGUUCGCCGUUCAGAUCGCCACGUGCUUAAGUCUUUGGGACCACGAUCGGACGCUCACCGGCGCUUUGGAUCUUGCAAAAAUGUAUCUCGGACCCCUGGACAUUCUGAAUGCCCUGUGGCCUUGCCCUGCUCAACGCGGUCGCUGCGCCGACCUGCGUGAAAAACUCAACGAAGCUUGUUUGGUCGCUCGAAUCGCGCCGCCGCUUCCCCCAGACUUCUCGCUCCCUCCUGUAUUACGCGUUGUACGCAACUGACCUUCGUUAUCAUCCAACGGCCGGCCGCUCUCUAUAACAACACACUCGUUGAUCGACAGUAUUCGUCACUCAGCGUGACACCCCGAUACCCUUGUUCUCUGAGGUUCAUUCAAAGUUUCCACUCGCUGCUACUUGCUCCACCUACCGUUCCCCAUCAACCUACUGGCGCUCCCGUUCCCCUUCGGCAUAUCGAUUGUGUAGCAUAUGUCAUGUAUCAUCAUCUUGUCGCUGUUGGCCGACAUGCUCAAUCUUUUACUCAUAGCUUAUACCCUCACAUCUGUACUGUUCCCAUCACGCGUUUUUAGAGUCGCUUAUACCCGCAGUUUCUGUCUGUAUACACGGGUCAGACGGAACCAUAUCUCUGGGCGCGACCAUACGUAUGGCCAGCCUAGAGCAAAUGUAAC